UGCGGGAAUUGUGCACGUGCGUUUCUGGAGUUGCCGGAAGUGAAUCCACGGGCAGUUCUGUGGGCGAAUGUUGUGGAUAAACAGGUGGAUCCAGAUAACAACAGACUGACCGCCAUAAAAACCAAAAAAGAAGAAGAACAACAACUGGCUGGCUACAUUUGUGUUUGAAAUCCAUAGGAUAUUGCAGAGCUUGCCGGCAGUCUGUGUCCCUGGAGAAGGAAUGAAUCGGCUGCUCAUUUCUUCCAGCGCAUCUUCCCUAACACGUACAUAAUGGCUGUAGCUCUGUCGAGUCGGGGGUCAGUAGGUGCAAGCAUUGCAAUGUUCAGCUGAAAAGGCUGAAGACUAGAAGUUAAAAUGAUUACAUUACGACCGCUUUUGAGAAUUUUGUCAGGCGCACGAUUGUCGAUUGUCGCCAAUAACAAACGUAAGUCCCGAGCAUGUAAACCCGUCAUUCUCAGCAUUGGAUAAUUACAUAGCUAACGUUAGCUAACUAUCUUACUAUGAAAGUGAUGUGUUACCUGGUGCAUAGCUUGCUACUCUAUCUCCAAAAUGACAAGCUAUCUCUGCAGCGUUGGCCGGCUCCAUUGGUAGAGCUAGUCAGCGUGCUAAUGUUCCGGCUCGCCACAUGCAAUUUACAGUUAAAUAGCUGUUCGGCUAGUUACGUUUGUUGAACUACUCUAUUCAGGCUGGACUGACAAGUGUAAGGAUCUGCGCUGUUUUCAUACGUCGGGUAAGAUGAGUCGGGAGCAGCAUCCGAACGAUCGCCUGGCUGAGGUGAACGAGUCGAUGAAACGGGGCGCGGAAAAGGCAGGCAAUGCGGGGGAUGCCGCGGUCCACACCGAGAAGAGGCAGAAGGUUAGCGAGGAUCAACCCCUCGACAAGAAGAAAUUCCAGAAAAGAAAAGUGGUCCUUCUCAUGGCCUACUCGGGCAAAGGGUAUCAUGGCAUGCAGAGAAAUAUGGGCUCUUCCAAGUUUAAAACGAUCGAAGACGAAUUGGUUACGGCCCUGGUGAAGUCGGGAUGCAUUCCAGAGAAUCAUGGUCACGACAUGAAGAAAAUGUCCUUUCAGCGAUGUGCAAGGACAGACAAGGGAGUGUCAGCGGCGGGGCAGGUGGUGUCUCUGAAGCUUUGGCUGAUUGAUGAUGUCGUGGCCAAGAUUAACGCUCACCUGCCUGCACAGAUACGAGUGUUAGGCCUCAGACGGGUGACGGGCAGCUUCAACUCUAAGAACAGCUGUGACGCGCGCACGUACUCCUACCUGCUCCCCACCGUAGCCUUCGCGCCCAAGGAGCUGGUCCACCAGGACGCCAGCUUCCGGCUGGGGAGCGAGGCCCUGCAGCGGGUCAACCAGCUCUUCUCCCGCUUCGAGGGCACCCACAACUUCCACAACUUCACCUCCCAGAAGGCCCCGGGGGACCCCAGCGCCCGCCGCUACGUCUUGGACAUGGCGUGCGCGGAGCCCUUCCUGCGCGACGGCGCCGAGUUCGCCGUCGUCACGGUGACGGGCCAGAGCUUCAUGAUGCACCAGAUCCGCAAGAUGAUCGGCCUGGUGGUGGCCGUGGCCCAGGGCUACGCGGACCCGGGGGUGCUGGAGAGGAGCUGGGGCGAGAGUAAGGUGGACGUGCCCAAGGCGCCGGGGCUGGGCCUGGUGCUGGAGCGGGUCCACUUCCAGCGCUACAACCGUCGCUUCGGCGGGGACGGCCUCCACGAGCCGCUGGACUGGAGCAGGGAGGAGGGCAGCAUCGCCGCCUUCAAGGAGGAGCACAUCUACCCCAGCAUCCUGCAGGCGGAGCGGGAGGAGAAGUCCAUGCUGGCCUGGAUGGCCACUCUGCCCAAGCACGACUUCCAGGCCACCGAUUCGGGGCUGCAGGGGGGCAGAGAUGCACUGCAGGUUGGGUGGCCGUCUCUGUCGGUUGGAUGUGAGCAUCAUUGGAUAAUGAUGAAGAUGAAAACCGCUCAGAUUAGACAUCUUGUGAAAAAACAGGCGAGCUGGUUCCCUGAAGCCUCAAGGAUGGUUUAUAUCCUGUGUAAUGGGUGGGGAGGGGGGGGUCUUUGCCUUGAAAUCAAUUCAGACCUUGGGGGGUGGGGUGUCUGGUGUCAACUAGUGUGUAGGGAAUUGAAUAAGGAUGACAGUCAUGAUUUUAACUAAAAUGUACUCUAAAAAGCUUUGUUAAUAUAAGCAUUUUAACCUGUUUUUAUUUGGAUUGGAUUUGUCAAAGUGUAUUUAGUAGUGAAGGUCAUGACUGCCUCACUAUUGAUGGAAAAUGGAAAAUUGUACCAUUUCAAAAACAUGUUUGGGAAAAAAUCAUGCUAAAAACAGUUGUGGAGCUUUCGAGCUCACUGAGGAACUAUUUAUUUUAGUUUUCAUUUUUAUUUAUUCUUUGUCUUAUUGAGUCCCAUUUGGGUAAAAUCUAUUUUUUGAGGCCUUGGUUUCUUGGGAAAAAAAUAGAUUUUAAAGUACUGUGGGGUUGAUAAAUCUGAGGUUGUUUGUUGCAAGUACAGUAGUCUUCCAUUUCAGUUGACUGUAUGAAAACAAACUGCAAUUGCCCAAUUUGUUUUUGAAAUUCUUGAACAUUUUUGUCUAAAAGGCCCACAAGCUGUGUUCUUGAUCACCUGAAAAUGUGUUUUCAGUUAACUUAUAAAAACUGUGUAUUUACAGAAAUUCUGUUGGUAAUCAAAAUACAUUGUAUUUAUGGGGAAAAUGUGCCUGAAUUUCAUUAUUUAUCUUUUCAUGCUGGAGAACAAUAUUUAUUAUGUUAUCCCAUUACGUAAAACAAAAUAUAAAACAAAAUUUCCUCGAUAUGACUACAUAUUGUUAAAGUGGAUAACAGUGACAUAACGUGAGUGUAUUUGGUUAUUUUCCAAUGAAUUUUAAGCAGAUGCUCUGUGCUUAAUUUUGACAUUUUUGGAAGCUUGUUUGUAUAUGUUGAAUUUUUCAGUAGCUUAGCGUCUGUAAAAUUCUUACUGCUUGGUAAAGAUGCCACCAGUUUGACCCUGAAAACGUGCAAUUGUAUUUUUGUUUAUGUUACUGCAAUAUUUAAUGUAUUUAUUUAUCAAAUAAAGGCUGUCGUUUUA